AGAGCAAGGCACAUGGCAAGAUUUCUUAUUCUCACGGCGGUGAAAAUAAUGAUCAUAGCCUUGAUCACGGAGUCACCAAGCGCCUCUGACAUUGGAAAACAAUUGUCUUUAACGUCAAGUUUGUGCACAUAGUGUUUGUUUCUGUAAAUAUAAAAAUAUGGAAGUUACUUUAUUCAGGAAUUGGGGGCGUGGGGGGGCAAAUCGGCAAAAAGAGAGCGCAUGCACAUUAAGUAAAGUCCACUACGAACGUUGAUUGGCGAUAGCGAAGACAAAUAAUCAAGCACGUUUGUGGAUUCUUCACUUCACAUCACAGGGCAUCUUAUGCAUUAGUCACAUUUAUUGCCAGGAAUGUUUGGUUGCGAAAUUUGAUUACACUUGCAGCAGACAUUCUGAUUGAUGUUUCGGUCGGAGUGUGUGUUACAUGACAUAAUCAGAUAUGAGUGAUGAUAUACGACCAGAAGUUAUAAAACGAACGCAAGAUAUACUUGGAAAGUAUAUAAAAAAGCCGCCGUUAACGGAGAAAUUGUUAAAAAAGCCUCCAUUUAGAUUUCUUCAUGACAUCGUAACUGCUGUGAUACAAGAGACUGGUUUCCUUGGGGGCUUGUUCUCUGCUGAGGAGCUGAGCCAUGAGACCAUCAAGGACCGAAAUGGCAAGAUCGCCUUUCUGCAGAAAGUUAUUGAUGCUGUCAAGGCCAUCACAGGGACAAACCUGACCGUCCGUCCAGCAAAGAUUGUUGCGGGCCACGAACCCAGCAAGACCAAUGAGCUGCUACAAGCAAUUGGCAGAGCACUGGACAGGAAGCUGAGCAGUGUCGGAUAUGUGGAGUCCCUGCAGAAGGUGGGGAAGAAGCCAAAACCAACCUUGAAGACAAGUACCAGGGAGAAUGCUCCCAAGACAAAACCAACAGCACAGGCAUCACAGGUCAGAACGCAUUCUCGAGAUAAGGCCGUGGCAAAGGAGCAGGAGAAGAAGACAAACAAGUUGGCAGGUGAUGCCAACACAAAGAGCCCUAAGGCGGCGAGCAAGACAGACGUGCCUGUCAAGGACACACCACAGCCAGUGCAAGAAGCAGCGAAAUUGGACGCACUUACUGUUAAGGAAGUGCCCGCAGACAAGAAGGAAGAGAAGCCAGAGUCCCCAACUGUGAAGGAUCUGGACAUGAAGAGCCCGAGCUCUGCUGGACAGGGCCGUAGCAAGCCAUCAGCAGGCAUAAGGAAUUUUACACCUGCCGGACACGUGGAUGUCUUGGAGAAUGUGGGAGACAUCAGCAUCCAGAAUAACACAGAGACAUUUUUGGAGACUAAAGAGAAGGCACAAGCUCUGGGUUCCCCUCAGGCUGCAGAGGUGCAGCUCCUGGGAGCAGAUACCACCAAGAGAGAGCCGGAUAAACAGCUGGAUACUGUCCCUAUUCCCAGGUCAGCCCGACCUCAGACAGGUGUACGUCCGCAAAGUACCCUACGCCCACCCAGUGCGCGUCCAGCUGCCCCUAGAAUCAGAGAUCGAGGCGAAGUUCAGAUUAUAGAGGAAUCAAGCAGCAGUCCCAUGGGAAAGGUGAAUGUGAUCACUGAGAGCGGCACGUCCACUGCAGAGCAGGACGAGGAUGACAAUUUCAUUGUCGUGGAGUCACAAGUGCCUGUUCCCAUUCAGGAGCAGUCUGCACCUACUGCUUCUGGUAUGGAGCAACAUGGACGCUUAGUGGCACAGAUCUUGGAGACGAAGAAUGAGCUCGAGGAUGACGGCCGUCAUGAGCCUCAGGAUGGCCAACCUAAGAAAGUUGAGAUUGAGUGGGAGGCAGGACGCCACAGGGAAAAAGCGCUGGCAGGCCGCGAGAUCGAUCGCCUGCGAGGCUCAAUACAGACUCUGACGAGGGCUGCCAACCCACUGGGCAAGCUGAUGGACUUCUUACAGGAAGAUGUGGACUCCAUGCAGCGUGAACUACGCAUGUGGCAACAAACGAACACGGAGCUCAUGGCACAGUUUAACACGGAGCAGAGCCGCACGCAGCAGCUGACAGAACCAAUGAAACUCCAGCUGCACCAGCUGGAGCAGAACAUAGAGGAGAAACGAAACCACCUGAGCGUUCUCAAAGCCGUUGUUUUGCGAAAUGACCGGCACAUCCACCACCUGCUGACAGGAGAGGAUGGCAAAUAGCAUAGCUGCACUUUGCAGAUUGUGUUGGUAAUCAUUAUUACUGUUCUUGGAGCAAUCAAAAUGUCACGUAAGUUCAUCUUGUUUAAAUAUUUAGACUGGCGUAUUGCAUGCAUCAACAGUUCUAGGUUUUGUGUUGGAACACAGGAUGAUUGCAAUGUGGAUAUUUAUUGCUGAUUGAUUGCAAGUUCGAUUGUCAUGUAUAUUAAAGAAUUCCAUUGAAAUCA